UAAAAAAACACAGUCUGCAAAUUCUCAUUAGCCUGUGUUCUUACAGCUUCCUCUUGUUCUUAAUUUUGCGCACGGAAAUGUUAAUCUCUACAGGCAAAUGCUCUAUGCAACUUCUCCAUGUUUUCCUCCUUGGGGUAUUACCAUACUUGAACCUUGCACUCUCCUCCUCAGGAGUUGGAGAGCAUGCUGAAACAAUCAGGUGCAUUGAGAGGGAGAGACAAGCUCUCCUCAACUUCAAACAAGAUCUUAUCGACAAUUAUGGUCGUCUCUCUUCUUGGGGGAGUACUAAAGACUGUUGCAAAUGGGAAGGGGUCCACUGCAGCAACCACAAUACUACUACAAGUCACAUAACCAUGCUCGAUCUUCAUACAAGGUAUGAUGAUCGUCCUAUUUUGAAGCCUCUUAGAGGUAAUAUCAGCCCUUCAUUGCUUGAAUUACACCAUUUGAGGUACUUGGACCUUAGUGGAAAUAAUUUCUCUGGCCCAAUUCCUCAUCAGUUCAGCAACCUUUCCAACUUGAAGCAUCUUGAUCCCGCCUACAAUCGUAUGUUGAAUAACGAAAACCUUGAGUGGCUUUCUCAUCUUUCUUUACUAAGUCACCUCGACCUUUCUGGGGUUGUACUCAGUAAUGCAACUGGUUGGGUUCAAUCUAUCAGUAAUCUCCCUCUCCUCAAAGAGUUGCACUUGUUUUAUUGUUCCCUUCCUAAUGUCACUAAAUUUUCCUCAUUCCAUUUUAAUUCUUCUGUGUCCCUGUCCGUCGUUGAUCUAUCUUUCAAUAGUCUAUCUUCUUUGAUAUUCAACUGGUUGUUCAAUGUCAGUAGCAGUCUCACUUAUAUCGACCUUGGAGGUAACAAGUUAAAAGGUUCGAUUCCUGAUGCCUUUAGAGACAUGGGUUCACUCACAAACCUCAGUCUCAAAGGCAAUCAACUUGAAGGUGGCCUUCCGAAAUCCUUUGCGAAUUCAAGUCAUUUGCAGUCUCUCGAUCUGUCGGAUAAUAUUCUAACGGAAGAGCUUCACGAGUUUCUGCAAAAGUUGUCUGGUGCAAAGAAUUCAUUAGAGAUAUUGGUUUUAUCUAAUAACAGGCUUAAAGGUCCAUUUCCUGAUUUCACUAGAUUUUCUCUAUUGAGAGAAUUGUCCCUCAACAAGAAUGCAUUGAGUGGCACAUUCCCAAAAUACAUUGGAAACCUUCCGAAUCUUGGUUAUUUGGAUUUGUCGGGGAAUCAAAUUACAGGGUCAUUCCCCGAUCUUUCAGUGUUUCCAUCAUUGGAAAUGUUAUUUCUUGAAAACAACCAGUUGAAUGGGACUAUAGACAGAAGUAUUGGACAGCUUCACAAGCUUAUGUAUUUCGAUUGUGCUUCCAACUCAUUAACAGGCAUAAUCUCUGAAGCUCACUUCUCAAAUCUCUCUAGUUUGUGGUAUUUGGACCUCUCUUAUAACGCACUAACUUUUAACGUCAGUUCUGAUUGGGUUCCCCAUUUCCAACUUGAUGUUAUAAAGUUGUCUUCUUGCAAGUUGGGCCCUCAUUUCCCAAUGUGGCUUCGAACUCAAAACGAAUUUUCUGUGCUUGAUAUCUCUGGUGCUAAAAUUGUAGGUAAUAUACCUAGUUGGUUCUGGGAUCUAACCUUGAGAUUAUCUUCUCUAAAUCUCUCUCACAAUCAAUUUAAUGGCUUGUUGCCUGAUCUAUCUUUGAGGUUUCGGUUGUAUCCUGGAAUAGAUUUAAGUGAUAAUCUUCUUACAGGUCCAAUACCCCUACUUCCUGCUAAUGUAUCGUCUUUGAAUCUCUCCAAGAAUAAGUUUGAAGGCUCCCUUUCUUUCUUAUGCGCAAUUACUGGAGAGCAACUCUUCUAUCUUGACCUCUCAAAUAACCGACUAUCAGGGGAGCUUCCAUAUUGUUUGUCCCACUUCAAAAAAGUAUUCAUCCUUAGUUUGGCAAACAACAAUUUUCAUGGGGAAAUUCCCAGCUCAAUCGGCUUGCUAAGUUACAUACAAACAUUGAACUUGCGUGACAACAAUUUGUCCGGGGAAGUGCCUUCUUCUCUUAAGAGAUGCAAUAUGCUGCGUAUUAUUGACUUGAGAGGUAAUAGAUUCACAGGAAUAGUACCAGCAUGGUUAGGGACACACUUGACAAGUUUGAUUGUCCUUAUUCUUCGAUCCAACGAGUUGAACGGAAGCAUACCUUGGCAAAUAUGUCAUCUUAACCGCAUUCAAGUAUUGGACUUAUCCCAGAAUCAUUUAUCAGGAAAUAUGCCAUCGUGCUUUUCCAAUUUUACUGCUCUAGUGGAAACUAAUAAAUCUGUUGCCUCGGCUUCUUUUGGUUACGUAGCAUAUGGUGCAUCUCUUGGCGAUGGGAUUACGUCUUAUUACUCAGGUUCAUAUGAAGCUAAUGCAUUUGUGCAAUGGAAAGGACAAGACCAGGAGUACAGCAAAAAUCUAAGACUACUAAAGACCAUUGAUCUGUCUAGCAAUAAAUUAUCCGGAAAAAUUCCUGAACAAGUUGGGAGUCUUGCAGGGUUGCAUUCCUUGAACCUCUCGAGAAACACUUUGACAGGAAAAAUCAUCCAAGAGAUCGGUCAGAUGAAAAUGUUGGAAUCACUUGACUUGUCUGCAAACAAACUUUCUGGUGAAAUUCCUGGAAGCCUUGCUCAUCUAAAUUUUUUGAGUGUUUUGAACCUGUCAAGUAACAACUUGUCUGGCGAAAUCCCAUUAAGCACACAACUCCAAAGCUUUAAUGCUUCUGCAUAUUCUGGGAAUCCUAACCUUUGUGGGCUUCCACUUCCCCACAAGUGCCUUGGAGAUCCUCCAAUUACUCCCCAACCCAAAGACAAAAGCAUUCAACAAGAUGAGGAUAGGUCCAUUACUCAAGGAUUUUAUGUUAGCAUGGGGCUUGGUUUCUUCUUCGGAUUUUGGGGAGUUUUUGGCACUAUACUUUUCAAUAGUCGGUCUCGGCAUGCAUUUUUCAUGUUCCUAAACCACAUAACGGAUUGGAUCUAUGUGACCAUAGCGUUGAACUGGGCUAGACUACAAAGGAAGCUUUAGAUCCUGUCGGUCAUAUUGCGGAACAAGACUCUUUGGUCCUGAAAUUGCUAUGAUAAUGUUUGGUUGCUGCACCUUUCCAAGGAGAUAGCUAAAUUGACUAUAUUUUAUAGGACCUCUCCGGUUCUCCUGCUAUGUUGUUCAGCGAGCCCAUGCUUUAGCAGCAUAAGCCUUAGUUGAUUUUGUUGAUAGUCUUAGCAAGGGAUAGAAGAGUGGUCACUACACGCACCACAGAUUAUUCUUCUUACCCUAUUAAUGUUUGCUUUUGUUGGCGACUCCAGAAACCAUAGCCAUCUCUAAUUAUCCUUGCUUGGCGCAGUUCUGUAUAUUUAUUUA